ACAGGCUAAGAGUAAAUCAAGGAAAUCAUCAGGAAGACAGGAAUGUGGACCAUAUCCGUGUACAACUACUUACGUUUCUUCUGGCAAUAUGUCUGGUGCCAAGACUUUCAUUCAAUACGACAUUGAUGAAACUUUAGAGAUCAAGGAAGAAUUCAUCCAAGAUCCAGAGACAAUUACAGUCCAUGAAGGGAAUAAAUCAAAUAAGUCAGCAUUUUGUACUAUAUAUAUAAAAGAAGAUGAUACGUUAAAGGCUAAGCCCAAACUACAGAUCACAAAGAAACAGGAAUUUCAUAAAUCAGAACAGGAAAUGAAGUACACCUGCAAGAAGUGUGCUAGAGCCUAUAAACAUAAGCAGACUUUAACUUUUCAUCAAAAAUUCGAAUGUGGCGUCAUGCCACAGUUCAGUUGUAAAUUGUGCGGCAAACUGUUUAAGCGGAAAUAUGACAUGAAUGCCCAUGUACAUCGCAUGCAUCACAAGUCAGACUCAAUUAAGUCGGUAUUAGUGCAUAAUUGCGACCAAUGUUCUCAAAGUUACACUUGCCCGAUAAGUUUGAAUCAACAUAAGCGUUUAAAGCACGCAGUAGUGAAGCCAAAAUUUAUUUGCGAUUUUUGUGGGUAUAAAACGAAUAGAAAAGCUAUCUUGGUAAAACACGUAGCUGCACGCCAUUCAUAGAUAUUGAAAACAAAGUAUUUUUGCAACAUAUGCUCUCGUGGUUACAGUUAUUCGGAAUUCUGAAAUCGCCAUAAAUGUGACAAAUGUGCGGGAAGAAUGACAAACAUAAUUAUGAAAGAAAUAUUAUUACCGGUUUAAGAAACUCAUUAUUUUAUCAAAUCAUUUCAAGUAGUUUAGUCACAAAAACUAAGAGAAAUCUUUUUCUGCAUCACUGUGAACGGUUGUAUACCUGAUAUUACUCUUCGUAAAAAUCAGUUAAUUCUAAUCUAUUUUAUUUUUUUGAAUAUUCCGAUAGACUACACUUUUCCUACAUUGAUUUCAACAUAAAUCAUUUUUCUUAAAUGUAGAAUUUACUGCUAUACGUUUUGCUUAUUUGGGAGAAAUUUUGAUCUGAAAAGUUAUAGAUUGACGAGCACUUUUUUCGAUUUACGAACAAGUGUUCCAUACUUAAUGAUGGUAUUGAAGAAAGUGAGUUGUGCUUUAGCUUUCAUAAUGAAAAUCUUAUUUAUGUGUGUCACAAAUAAGAAAAGUUAGUUAAGACCUUUAUAAAAUACUUAGUUCAUGUACUACGUAGAAGCGAGUAAGUAAGUAAAGUUAGUUGAGAACUUUAUAAAAUAUUCAAUUUAUGUAUUAUGCAAAAGCGAGUUAUAAGUUAUUUGACCUAUAUAA